AUGAACGGUCAGCAACCAGUGAUUGUGGUGAAUCAGCGCGUGGAGCGCGAGUCUGGCCGCAAGGCGCAGAUGAACAACAUCGAGGCAGCCAAGACGGUCGCCAGUCUCAUCAGCAGCACUCUCGGCCCGUGUGCCAUGCUGAAGAUGAUAAUCGACCCCAUGGGCGGCACAGUACUGACGAACGAUGGGAACUGCAUUCUACGCGAGAUUGACGUAGUGCACCCCGCGGCGAAGCACAUGCUGGAGCUGGCCCGCGCUCAGGACGAGGAGGUGGGGGACGGGACGACCUCAGUGAUUAUCCUGACUGGCGAGAUUCUCAGUCUGGCGCAGCCGUUGCUCGAGCGCAACAUCCACCCCCUCAAGAUUGUGAAGGGCUUUACCCAAGCACUGUCUGACGCACUGGCGGCAGUGGAGAAGAUUGCUACCUCGAUUGAUCCCGAGAACAAGGAGCAGCUCGAGGAUGUGGUGCGCGCCUGCCUUGGCACCAAGUUCAAUUCCCGCGAGGAGGAGCUGAUGUGCCACAUGGCCGUCGAGGCGACGCUGCGCGUGGUGCAGGUGAACCCCAUUACUGGCGUUAAGGACAUCGAUAUCAAGCGCUACGCUAAGGUGGAGAAGAUCCCUGGUGGCUCCAUCACAGAGAGUGUUGUGCUGGAUGGUGUCAUGUUCAACAAGGACCACAUUCACUCGAAGAUGCGCCGCUUCAUCGAGAGCCCGCGCAUCCUCUUGCUGGAUUGCCCCCUUGAGUACAAGAAGCCAGAGACGGCCAUCAACGUGGAGGUAACCAAGGACACCGACUGGGAAGCCCUACUGAAGCAGGAAGAGGACUACGUCCGAACUAUCUGCAACGUCAUCAUUUCCUUCAAGCCGGAUGUAGUGAUCACGGAGAAGGGUGCCUCUGACUUGGCGGCGCACUUCCUGUACAAGGCUGGGAUCACCUGCAUCCGCCGCCUUCGCAAGACGGACAACAACCGCAUAGCUCGUGCCACUGGCGCCACUAUCGUUAGCCGGGUGGAGGAGCUGACGCAGGAGCACAUCGGCACUGCCGGCCUCUUCGAAAUCAAGAAGAUUGGCGAUGAGUACUUCACCUUCAUCACUGGUUGUCCUGGUGGCUCUGCGUGCAGUAUCUUGCUUCGUGGAGCAAGCAAGGACACGCUGAAUGAGAUGGAGCGCAACCUGCACGACGCCAUGUGCGUGGCGCGCAACAUCAUCCUCGAGCCGCGCAUCGUCUACGGCGCUGCCUCGUGCGAGAUGUUCGUCUCCUCCACCCUCAUGGCGAAGGCUAAGUCUAUUGGUGGCGUAGAGCAGGCGGCGUACCAGGCGGUGGCGAUGGCGCUGGAAGUGGUACCGCGCAUCCUGACGAGCAACUGCGGCGCCAAUGUGAUUCGCGUGGUCACGGACCUGCGAGCACGCCACGCAAACCCAGAGGGGUGGUACUGGGGAAUCGACGGCCACAGUGGGCACAUCGUUGAUGUGCGCAGCAUGAAGAUCAUUGAGCCCGCAGCGGUGAAGAUUCAGGCGCUGAAGACCGCGAUUGAGGCGGCAUCCAUGAUUUUGCGCGUCGACGACAUCGUGUCCGGCACCAAGCUUCGCGAGGAGAAGCCACCCGCGAAGUCACAACAGCAGGAUGAGGACCCCGAGGGGGCUGCAGAGCCGUAG